AUGUCUUCAGCAAAAGACCUCAAAUCUUCUUCAAUCGUGAUCGUUGGCGCGGGUACCUGGGGUUCUAGUACAGCAUUACAUCUUGCGAGGAGAGGCUACAAACAUGUGACAGUGCUUGAUCCAUAUGCCUUUCCAUCUGCAAUCUCAGCAGGGAAUGAUGUCAACAAAAUCAAAGGCUGGCAGGACACAGAGUCAUCCGACGGGGGAGAUGAUGAGUCCUUCGUCCGCACCACAGUCUCUGCUGAAGCCACUGCGGCAUGGGAGAACGAUCCAGUGUUCGUUCCUUACUACCAUGAAACCGGAUACGUAAUUGCUGCCAGUCAGCCUAAGCAUAUCAAGGAGCUGUAUGACGACGAGAGACCAACACCGGAGCGAGGAUUUGUGGAACUGAAUACCGCUGAGGACUUUAGAAAGACAAUGCCGGAAGGUGUACUGACUGGCGAUUUUCCCAAUUGGAGAGGUUGGUGGAAGAAGGAUGGUGCUGGUUGGGUACAUGCUAGGAAGGCCAUGGAGUCUGCUCUUCACGAAGCUCAGAGACUUGGUGUCAAAGUCGUGGCAGGCAGCCCGCAUGGCGCCGUAACGUCCCUAGUCGUGGAAAAUGGAGAUGUGCGUGGAGCCUUGACAAAAGAUGGCACGAAGCAUUAUGCUGACCGCACAAUUCUCUGCGCUGGCGCCAACGCUCCCCAGUUGAUCGACAUGAAAGACCAGCUCCGACCAACCGCAUGGACUCUCGCACACAUCAAGAUGUCUGAUGAGGAGACCAGACUUUACAAAGAUCUGCCGGUCAUGUUCAACGUCGAGAGGGGCUUCUUCAUGGAACCAGAUGAAGACAAUCAUGAGCUCAAAAUCUGCGACGAGCAUCCUGGAUAUUGCAAUUGGUUGACGAAAGAUCAUCGUGUCUCUACGCCGUUCGCAAGACACCAGAUCCCGCUGAGAUCCGAGGAGGGCGUCCGAUUGCUUUUGCGGGAGUGCAUGCCACAUCUAGCAGAGCGUCCAUUCAGCUUUGCUAGAAUCUGCUGGUGUGCGGAUACUCCUAAUAGAGACUUCCUGAUCACAGCGCAUCCGGAGUUCCCGAGUCUGACGCUGGGUGUAGGAGGAUCUGGCCAUGGCUAUAAGCAUAUACCAAUAAUAGGUCGAUACAUUGCGGACUGCCUCGAAGGAAAAUUAGAUGAGCGCAUGAAGAGAGUCUGGAGAUGGCGGCCAGAGACAGCAAUCGGUAGGGACUGGGAAAAUGUCCAGGGUCGGAUGGGAGGCAGCUAUGAGGUACUCGACUUCGCCGAUAUUCCAGAGGACCAGUGGACCAAGAUAGGAGAAUCUGGUCCAUGAUUAUAGUGGUUGAUAAUAGCGGCCCUUCAGUGCUACGGAGGUCCAUCUAACCUUUGACUUUCGAUCGAGUGGCGAGGAGGAAAUGUUGAUAGAAUAUUCAAGAGAGUAGCGAGUAGGGAGUACUUCCAUUCGAGAAGUUCAACACCCUACCACCCUCUGAAUGACCAUCGACCGUCCUCGCCAGCAUCCCGAUGCGUAGCUUGCCCUAAAAAC